CACGGUUACGUUUCCUCUCCACUAGCACCGCAGACAGGCUUUUACAGUCACUCUACGUUUGCGUCCCAGCGCUGACAGGCUGGAUGGGUUUUUCUGCACAUGUAGUGAAGAGGAUGAGACUGUCCUGUAGCACAUCCUUUCCAGAACUGGACUGUUAGACCUCUUGUUUUUUCUCUUCGGAUCUUCAGAAAUCGGCUCCAUGACUCUCCACUGUAAGGACUAGCUUGCUGGGCUCUUGCACUUUAUAACCCUGUCAUGAUGAAGGGGUCGCAGUGGAUUUCCCAUCAUGCCCCUGAAACAGUGCUCAGCAAAAGGAGCCUCAUCACAGUUCUACCUCUGGCUCUCCUGUUGGUGUCAGUGCAAGUGAGUGGGCAGCUCAUAGGAAGCCCUCUGGACUGCCAAAAGACAUGUGUGUGCGCCAGUAACAUAGUCAGCUGCUCCAAGAUGAACCUAACACACGUUCCACUCCUUCUCCCCCCAUACACAGCUGUCCUUGACCUCAGCUUCAACUCCAUCACUAAGCUACAGGCUGAGUGGACCCCUAUAAAACUCAUGAAGCUGCACAGUCUGCUCCUCGGCAAUAAUGGCCUCAGCUUCCUGUCCUCUGAAGCGUUUAUUCACGUUACUAGGCUGCGUUACCUGGACCUUUCCUCUAACAGCAUCCGCCAACUGGAUGAGUACAUUUUUGAGCCCAUGGAGUACCUUGAAGUCCUGCUGCUCUAUAACAACCGCAUUUCUCAGAUUGAUCGUACUGCCUUUUCAGGCCUCCUCAGCCUGCAGAGGCUCUACCUGAGCCAAAACCAGAUCUCACGCUUCCCCCUGGAGCUGGUGAAGGAACGUGGCAGACUGGAAACUCUUAGGUUGUUCGAUGUUUCCUCAAACCGGAUCAAAUCAUUGCCUCUUCAGGAGCUUCAGGCCCUGCCUGCCUGGAUCAAGAAUGGACUGUACUUCCACAACAACUCUCUGCCCUGCAGCUGUGAGCUGUAUGAUAUGUUGGCACGGUGGCACCUCAGGGAGCUCAGCUCGGCCAUUGACUUCAGAAGCAGCCACACCUGUGUGUUACCAGGAGCACAGAAAGAGAAGAUGGCCUCUCUUGAUCUGGACAAAGCCUAUCUGAACUGCAGCGAGGUCAGAGUCUGGGCUGAGAAAGCUUAUCUGGAGCAAUUCCUGGUUCUGGACUGCGACACCAAGCAGAGGGACAUGAAGAAGAACUGGGAGCUGCCAGGAAACAUCCCAGUGAUGCCAGAACACAAGACGGCUUUAGUGCGUUCUGAUGGCAGCCUGCAGAUUGGGCCCCUGAAGGUGGAGGACUCUGGGGUCUACACCUGCCUUGCCACCAGUGACUCCUAUAAUGAGACACUCUAUGUAACUGUAAUGGUGUUCAACUCCACCUCAAGCGGUGGCUUAGAGAACCUAAAAACAGCCUACACCACCCUCGUAGCAUGCCUGGUGAGUGUGGUGAUGGUUCUCAUCUACCUUUACCUCACUCCAUGCCAUUGCCCCUGUUGCCCGGGUCAGGAUCUUGAGAAAAUCGACCCUGCAGACAGCCUCCACUCCUCUACAGUCAGCAUCUCUCAGGCACAAGAGGAUCUGGGGCAGCAGGAGAGAAUGGAAGGAGGAGGAGGAUUCCCCUACAGACAAGUGCCCUUCCUGCAACCUAAGGACCAGCUGGAGCAAAACGGACGGUUGAACCCGAUAGGAGAGGAAGAUGAAGAGUGGCAGGGGGACAGCAGGGAGCGAAGACGGUCUGACGCAGAGUCUGUCAGCUCUGUAUGCUCUGACACUCCCAUGGUGGUGUAAAAGAUAGGAGGAUGGACUGAGGGGUAAGACAGUGAUGGCUUGGUCCAAGUUUUAUUCUUUGAAUGUGUGCAAUAUUCAAGAAUUAGCAUCUUCCAACAAUAUGAAAGCUGGUUGCUUGCUGCAGUAGCAUGAGGGUGUUUUCAAAAAAAUGUACUUAAAACAAGUGAUUAUAAAGAAUUCUAAAACACCCCAAACAAUCUGGUAAUGCAAAGAAAUGACCACAAUUAUCCUGUUAUGAAAAAUAUUGUAUUGAAUGCUUCUAUCUCACUUGUCUCACAGGUUUGAAUAUGUUAUUUCAACUACUUUCUUUCAAUUAUAAUUGAAAAGACAACAAAUGCUUCUACUUAUAAGUGCACAUUUCUGGCUGAUCCUGCUAUGCAAGAAACUAAAAACAUGGAGAAUUUUGAAAAAGAAAAACCAGUUCUAAGAAAAAAAGACGUGAAAACAUUUUGUAGUUAUUCCUCAUCUUACCUGAUUUCUGAGUGUCCUUAGGAUUCCACAGGGAUCAUUAGCUCUGAAGGUGAUGGACCGAUGCUGCUGUUUGAAAGCUAAAUUAUUUUUUAUGCAGGGUUUACAAAGCUCAAUUAAUCUUUUGCUGCAAUCUGUUCAAUAUUUAUGCUGUUUUACAUUCCUGUUUGGUUUUGUUGACCAGAACUUGAUACUGUAAAGACUAUUGUGCAAUAUUUUUUUAUUCAUAUGAUUUUUGAUUUGAGUGGGGUUGAAUGCUCAAUCAAUAAUGCCUGUGUUUGCAGUAGCUGAACUUCUGCUGAAGUGUUUUAAAUGCUACUUUGACAAUAUUUUUUGGCUUGUGUGCAGAGCUAAUUUAGAUCAUUUUGAAUUCAUAAUUACAGGAUAUCAAGCUAAUACUUACACUUUAUUUCAAUUAUUUCAGAUUCAGAGCAAACCAAUUUUUUGUCUAGCUUAGUCUAAAUUGUGUUUCCAUACCAAGAAAUCAUCACUAAAACAUUCAGAUAUAUAGGACAGUGUCACACUAUUGUUGUAUUAGUAUUAAUAAAACUACUGACUACCAACAGACAGAUGUUGUUGCUGAACUAAUGGCAGGAUUCUUUACAUGUUUUUUUUCAGCAGUGCAGAAUAGUUUACCUCAAUGUGCUGGAUAAAAUCUUUGUAUCUCCUGGUUACAAUUGAUCUUUAUGUUAUGGGCAUCUGUGUUUAGUGUCAUCUUAGAGAACAUAACCAAAAGGUCUACAAGGAUAGAAGUAAGCAAGCAUAUUGACCAUUUUUAACACUAAUCCAAAUUGUGCCAGUGAGUUUCAAUUUAGAAAUGUCCUUACUUUUAAAAUGCAGUUACGAUGUUUAGUUUAAUGUGGGAUUCAAACUGUCAACAUGUCUGUACUUCCUGCCACGGUGGACAGUUAAUAGUAGCCAGGAAGCUUCGCCCAAGGGAAACAACAGAGAACAGGCAUCAUCUAUUUGAAUCCUUCUGGGCAUUAGCGCCCAACCCUGGACUAAUCAGUAAAUGCCAGCCGUCCAGCAGGCAGACUCACAAACAGUCAGAAAUAGCAACAGCAGUCAGACAGGGAUAAAACAUAAAUAUAGAAGUAGCAGUUUUCAAAUGAGUCUUGAUAAUUGUUAAGUUGCUAAAAUACCUUCAUAAUGUUGUGUAACGGAGGAUAUAGUACAAAAACAGGAGAUAGGAUCCAGUACAAAUGAUGUUUUCAAGAACUUAGAUUGUUGAACAUGAUGAUUGUUACAGAAAAUGUAGUUUGAAUGAUACUACAACUAAUUGAAACAUGUUAACCUUUACUAAUAACAUAACAGAAAACUAACUUUACUUUAUGGAAGUUGCUGAUAUUAUUUCAACAAGAUCAGGCUGCUCAUCACACACCAUACCAGUUAAUUUAACAGAUGUAGCAAUGUACACUGAAUGUACUUUUGUUUUGAAAGAACGACUUUUUGUACCCUUUUUACUUCUCAUGGUGCUUUAUUAUGAUUACUUAGGAACAUCAACACCUUAUAAAUAAUACCUCUGAAAAUGUUAUCAUAUUGUGAGUGUGAUUUAAUAUAAAGGAGAGACAUCACUCUGUAGUGCUUUUUUGAGUUACUCAUAUCUGCUUUAUGAUAAUAUUGUGCAUAUGUCUUUUUCCUCUGAAACUCACUUAUAACCAAAGACUGAGUUACAUGCUGAGAAUGAAUAACCUGCAUGUUGAGGGUUUAUAUGGUCAUCAGUAUAAUCCAGGUCACAUGCUGUAUUUCUGUGUAAAACCACAAACUUGUGUUUCAAUAUGCAAUCCUGUAAAGGACUAAAUCUGUAUAAUCUGUAUUGUUCCCGUGGUUCAUAAACUACUAUUAUAUGGAAACAAAGA